CACCCUUCCCCCGCGCGCCACCUGUCCAACAUUCCACGGCCAAGCACCAGUCUCCUCCAAAGCUCCAACCUUUUCCCAAUCGCAACGCAAGCGCGCACGGCCGACCCGGCGAAUCCCUCGGCCUCCCCCCUCACGCCACCGUGCGCUCCUCCAGCCCAGCCGCCUCGCGUCCCGGCCUCCCCCCGCGCGCCUCCGGCACCUCGACCGUCCCCGGCUAUCGCGAUGUCGACGCAGUCCAUCUCGCCCGCCUUCGCGUCCGCGCAGUUCUCCUACCCUGCCACGACCGCUACCCCGUCCUACUUCCCUGUGCCUUUCCAUCUCCAGAACGCGCGGUACGCCGCGUGGUCGGCGGCGCCCGUCGUGGCGCCGGUGCACGCGUAUAACGCGGUCUACCCCAUGCCCCAGGUCCAGCAGGCGCAGCAGUUGUUCCAAAAGGACUCAACGAUAAUCACUCCUGCGGCUCUAGCCACUGUUAAGGCUGCUAUUGCAAAUAGUGAGAAGGACAAGAAGGUUGAAGCGACAAAAAAGGCAGUACCUCGAAAAGCAGCUGGGCAAAGUUGGGAGGAUCCGACCUUGUCUGAUUGGCCUGAAAAUGAUUUCCGUUUGUUCUGUGGUGAUCUUGGGAAUGAAGUGAAUGAUGACGUUCUUACAAAGGCAUUUUCAAAAUAUCCAUCCUUCAACAUGGCAAGGGUUAUACGGGACAAGUGGACUGGUAAAACAAAAGGAUACGGUUUCGUUAGUUUUGCCAAUGCAUCCGAUCUUGCUGCAGCAUUGAAAGAGAUGAACGGUAAAUAUGUCGGAAAUCGGCCAAUCAAAUUACGGAAGAGCACAUGGAAGAACAGAAUAGACUUUGAAGCUAUAGAGAAGGCGAAGACUCAACCACAGAAGAAAAUCAAAGUGCAGAAAAUAAGCGUUCUUCACAAGUGAAGCUGAUAAAUUCUACUUGUCCAUCGUCGAAGUAUCACGUUUGGGAUCUUUCCUGAAGCUUUGACGGAUCCCUAACAUCGAUUGCCAUCCUGGCUAUCGCACUCCAUAUGCUUACAUUGGCUGCUGGGCGAGUAGCCAAAUACUAGUAUGCAAUAACUUGUACCUAGAGUGUAACAUGUUGGCGUAUUCCAGUUUAUCAAGGAAAGAUCCAUGUAAAUACUCUAUUGACUACCAGCGUGAAGUGUUCGUGGUGAACUCGUAUGUGGUUCUAUACAGAAAUUCAUGCAACACCUAAGCAGAUAUGUGGACGUUAUGGAUGAGUCCUUGUUUGUUUUCCUGCA